AUGGCCGCCGCCGGCUCUGCCCAGAUUCACAUCCAGACGCGCGCGCAACAAGGAGGAUUCAACCGCAACGCCGACAUGUCACCGCCCGUCCAAAGCCUGAGCCUGAGCCUGAGCCGGUUGGCCGUGGCGGGCCUGGCCCUCGUCACCACCGGCAUCUGCAACUUGACCCUUCUCGCAGCACCCAGGGCCACGACAACAGCAACACGCACCACCACCGACCAAAAGCCCAGUCCGGCUCGAGCACCACCAGCCUCCAUGCCCCGAGGAGAAGCCACCAGGGUCAAGGUCGCCUUGCGCCUCAUGCCCCUCGGCGCGUCCAUCACCUACGGCCAAGGCUCGUCCACCGGCAACGGCUACCGCGGCGACCUGCACGACCUCCUCACCAGCAACGGCUACGCCGUCGGCAUGGUCGGGUCCCGCAGGCACGGGUCCAUGGAGGACAACGCCGUCGAGGGCUGGCCCGGCUUCCUGAUCCACGAGGUCCGGUCCAAGGCCGAGGCCGCCGUGCCCAGCCGCCUCCCCAACGUGUUCCUCGUCAACGCCGGCACCAACGACUGCGCCGUCAACCUGGACCUCGACGCCGCGGGACGCCGAAUCGACCGCCUCCUCGAGUAUCUGUGGACGGCGUCCCCCGGCUCCACCGUCAUCCUGUCCACGCUCCUCGUCAACCUGUCCCCCCCGGUCGAAGCGCGCGUCGGGAGGGUAAACGCGCAGAUUGAGCAGGUCGCCGAGGACCGGGCGGCCCAGGGCAAGAGAAUCGUCCUGGUGGACAUGCACGCCGCCGACGCUCCUCAGGCGCCCGACAUGGCCGACGCCACGCACCCCAAUGACGCGGGCUACAGCAAGAUGGCUGCCAUUUGGCUCCGCGGCAUCCAAGAAGCUGCUGCCAAGGGAUUCCUCAACGAGCCCAAGCCCGUUCCUGGCGCUUAG